CGCUCGGAGCUGCACCAGCCAGUUAUGAGUCAGACGUCAAAGUGAGCAGGCGUGUUUAUCAUAAAUUAUGCCUAGUUGACAUUCUCUCAACAAAAAUCAGCUGGUUUUUGUCAGUUUUACCGUAAUUCUUCGUCGAAAUACUUAUUCGGGUAAUAACACGUUUCGAUAAUCACUUCCAACAAUGAACUACACAAAACAACCGCUGCUCAAAGAACAACCGUUACCUGUGAAAAUUUUUAAACGGAAAAGGGUAAAAGUCGAAAAAGAUAAAAAGUGCAAAAUAAAAUGUGUGCUCGUAGGGGAUAAAGCUGUUGGAAAAACGUCACUUGCUGUUUCUUAUAGUAACGACACUUUUCCCAGUGAAUAUGUGCCAACAGCUUACGAUAAUUACAACGUGGUCGUACAGGUGGAUGGUGAACCAAUUAGGGUUGAGCUUUGCGAUACAGCCGGGCAGGAUGAAUUUACGCCCCUACGGAGUUUGUGUUACCCGGGUACAGACGUCUUCAUGCUCUGUUUUUCCCUAGUAAAACCCUACUCAUUCCAUUCGGCUUGUACGAGGUGGGCCGAGGAAUUAUCAAAACACGAAGCUGCCGUGGUCCUCGUGGGAACGCAAGCAGAUCUGCUCAAUAAUCCCGACGUUCUGCAACAAUUACGAGAAAAGAGGGAAUCCCCCGUUUCGAAAGAGCACGCUCUCAAUCUUGCAGCUAGACUGAAUGCUCCCUACAUUGCCACGUCUGCUAAGACGUGUAACCAUCUCAAAGCCGCCUUCGACCAAGCGAUAAUAUUGGCUCUAAAGAGGCAAAGAAUUAAGAACAGUUUUUGGAGAAGACUGUGCUGUGUGUGAGUUUGACAUUAUUUAUUUUCUAAACGGUUUCUCAUUAAAUUUAUUUUUGACUGGCAACUGUUUUUAACAACAAGAAGAAGAAGAAGUGUCAAAAAAGAUGAAGACCAAUGCAUUGUUUUUCUUUUAUUUUUAAUUACCCUAUCAUAAUUUUUUCAUAAUAUUUCUUUUAUCUGUACUUAGAAAAUGCAUAAUACAUACAACAAAAAUUAAAACAUUACAUAGUUUAAGAUANUGU